AUGGCAGGUCUUCUCAAAAUAUCUAGGCGUAGCCUAACUCUCAUCAGGCGCUACAGCACACCCUUGGUCUACUCCGACGAAGUACGAACAGCCAAGAAUGAUAACAAGCCAAUCGUGGCCUUAGAAUCGACUAUUAUCACCCAUGGGAUGCCAUAUCCAAAAAACUUGGAGACUGCUUUGGAAGUGGAGAAUAUUAUUCGGAAGCAGGGCGCGGUGCCAGCAACAAUCGCAAUUCUCAAGGGACAAUUGACAAUUGGCUUAACAAGAACUCAGUUGGAAUAUCUUGCUCAAGCCAAAGAUGUAAUAAAGGCGUCGAGGAGAGAUCUUGCGAUGGUGGUGGCUGGUAAACAAGAUGGCGCAACUACUGUUGCCGGGACUAUUAUUUCUGCUGAAUUGGCUGAUAUUCCAGUUUUCGUCACUGGAGGGAUUGGUAUGUAUUUCCUAAUGAAUAUAUAG